CGCGAUGUGCGCAGUAGCCAGUGGCAGCGAGCAGCGAGCGGUAGUCGCGUCGCGCAGUCGGAUAUCGGAGUCGGUGCGGUAGUCUCGGGUAAGGUCGGCGUGCUGAAAAUCUCGGAGGUGGAGCGAGCCGCGCCGUUGCGCCGAUGAUUGACGCCACAGUCAGCUGUGCUACGCUGUGCGCGUCGACGACGAGACACGAGGCCACGAGGGUGGCGAGAAGCGAGAUGCGCGGGAGGACCUGAGCUGAGGAGGAUCAUCCGCAGGCGCGCGCGUGAGACACGGCACGUCGAGACGUGCGUCGAUCAUUGACGCGUAUCUACGGCACAACAGGCGACAUUGCUGCGCCCCACAGUAAGAUGGUAGAGCCUAUCUUCGACUAUCAGUUUAGGCUGAUACUGAUCGGCGACAGCACGGUCGGCAAGAGCUCCCUGCUCAAGUACUUCACCGACGGCAAGUUUGCGGAGCUUUCAGAUCCUACAGUCGGUGUAGAUUUUUUCGCACGGCUAAUAGAAGUUAAGGAUGGUACAAGGAUAAAAUUGCAAUUAUGGGAUACAGCUGGUCAGGAGAGAUUCAGAUCGAUCACGAAAUCGUACUACAGAAACUCAGUAGGAGCGCUCCUUGUAUACGACGUUUGUAAUAGAGCCAGCUUCGAGCAUAUUCCUCAAUGGAUGAUGGAGGCCCGCAGGCACAUCGAGCCACAUCGGCCUGUAUUCGCUUUGGUAGGCUGUAAAUUGGAUCUAGUAACUAAUGGUGGUAGACGAGAGGUCUCAAAGGAAGAAGCCAGAGCGUUCGCCGACGAGCAUGGCGUACACCAUAUCGAGACCAGUGCGAAGACUGGCGUGAACGUCGAGGAUGCCUUUCGAACAGUUACGCAAGAAGUUUACAACAGGAUACAAACCGGCGAAUACAAAGUGGAAGAUGGUUGGGACGGCAUCAAAACUGGAUUUGCCAGGCCUGGUGGUUUAGAUUUCAAUCUAGUCGAGGCAGAACCAGCAAAGACAUCGUGUUGUUAAGUCACUAUUUUGAAUCUUUUUUGAAAGUUAAGAAAAACGUUUAAGAAUGCACAUGGGACAGUUAUUUCUAUUAUUUCAAGAAAAUAUAUCGGAUAUACACAAUUUUACGAAUCAAUAUGUAUGAAUAUGUUAUAAUAUGUUAUAAUUUAUACUUGUUUAUGUAUUACAUCAUUCAGAUAUUAUGAGCUUAUUUAUUAUAUUACUGAAUAGCUACAUAUUGUAGAUACAAUAAUUUUAUCUCUACGUGACGAAUAACUUCCCACUGCAUUCUUGUUAUAGAAAAAAAGACUAACGAUUAUUAAAAAUGUAUACAUUUGGGCUAGAGAUUUUUGUAUAUAGCUUGUAUAAAUAUUAGGUGACUAACAAAAUUCAUAUAGUUUCCUACGAUGUAGUCAAAUGUUAUAUGAUAGUGAAUCAAGAUUUAUUUUCACGAAAUGCGAGCGUUUUACAAAUAGUAAUUUUCUCUACAAAUCGAAAAGCAUGGCUGUAGAAUCUUUAAUCUCGAUUUUUACAUUAAUUGUCUUUGAUACGGUUUUAACUAAUCAUCAAUAUGUCGUGCAUAUGUCUAUUAUUUCAAACCAAUUUGUGCCAAGAUUCUAUUAUAAAAUUAAUUGCAUUAAAAUAGCAGUAAUUAGAGUAUGAAGACUUUCUUCUGAAGGUGCUGAAAUAAAACAUUCUUCGAUUUUUCACUAUGUCAAUUCUGUAAACACUGCGAACUUUGUUGGUCAUCUGAUACAUUAACAAUAUUGCAAACGUAUAGGCGUUGAAUAAAAUUAGGAUUGUUUUUGACUGUUUCAAAGACAAAAAAACAUAAUGUGAAGCACGUAAAAUAUUUUUAACAAUCGGGCUUUGAUGUAUCUUGUCAAAUUGAUCCAAUAAUGUUAUUUAAUGCAAGAUAACGGCUGUGCGGCUUUGUUGAGUCCAUUUUCAUUGUGAGAUAAUAAACAUUUAUUUCUACAUGGCAGUAUGAGAUGUGUUAUUUAUAAUACUUCGCAUUACUUUACGUAAAAUAGAAUAAUCUUAUAUUUUAAGCGAAAUGCAAAAAUAUUAAUGUACAAAAAAAUAUGUUUUUUUAUCAUUUUUUCACAAUAUAACUUUUGAUAGAUUAUUACUUGUAAUGCUGAGUUCUGUGAAAAUCUAUUGAACACAGUUUGUAAUAUACAUAACUUAGCAUAUGCAUUGUUGGUGUUAGUAUCAUAUUAUAAAGCCGCUUGCUUUAUGUAUUGUAUAAACGAUUUAAACGUAACCAAAGUGUAGGACUCGUGCAGUAAUAUACAUAUAUUUUAAAUUGAGAUACGAGGCGAAAUGUUUUAUAAACUAGUAUGCUAUUUUGAAUAAUCUGCUUUUACCUGGAAUACUUUAUACUCUCUGCAAUUUUUACAAACGUGAAAUAUUUUUGAAAUUCAAGAUACAGAACCUAAAUACAGAAAAUUGACACGUGCACAGAUAACCGAUCAAUAUUAUCGGUUGUUCAAUAAUUUAUAUUUAAUUAGAAAAUUAUACAUUUACACGUAGAAGUAUUUCUUUAGAUUUAAUGCGAACACAAAACACCAUCUGUAAUAUUCUUAAGUAAAUUUUCACAGUCUAUAAAUAAUAAUAUAUUUCAGUAUCGAAAGUAUAAUUUCCCUUAACAUUUUAUACUCAUCAGCUGUGGUACAAAAAAUAAAAAUUUGUAGAUGAUUUUACAAAUACGUACAUUGUCAACUUACGAAGAAGCUUGCAACAUUGUUAAUAAAACUAUGAUCGAAUAAAAACACUAAUUUUGUUGUAUAUUAAAUGAUAAAUGUACCUGAUUUACGUAAAUAUGGGCAGAAAAUUGUGUAAAUCUUUUGAAUAAUAUUAAAUUUUAUACGCAAU